GCGACUCUUCUCCAUCUACAACAAAAAAGUCAUUUUUACUUGGAGCUUUGCUACUUUUCAAACAAAUGCCACGCCUAGCGCUGCGACAAUACAACUUCUAUUACCGCGUGAAUGGUGAAAAGGCCGAAGAAUUGCUCAAAGAGUAUGGCGAAGAUGGAGAUUUUCUUCUUCGAUACAGCGAAUCAAAUCCGCAAAAUUUCUCGAUUUCUGUCAGAGUCGCCGAAGACAAAAUUCUGCAUAUCAAGGUGACAAAGUAUGAAAGCGACAUGCUCAGUAUUUUCGAAGAUGAACGGACUACGCCAAAUCAAUUCGGUUCCAUCACCGAACUCGCCGAAUUCUACAUGGAGUUUCCAGAAAAACUCAGGGAGAAGAAUGGACUCUUUCUUGAACUGAAAAAACCUGUUUAUGUGCCAUAUCAUCUGGAAGCUUGCGCAGAAGAGCAACGACGAACGCAACUUUAUCGCUGGUGGCAUGGAAAUUUACCGGCAAGUAGUGCCAACAAAUUGCUGCAAACUGAAAAGAAUGGAACGUAUCUUCUAAGAGCAAGUCAACACAUACCAGGAGCUCUCGUAAUUUCCGCUAAGACAGAAGGACAAGUAGUACAUUUGACUAUCUAUCAAGAUCCAAGUACUGGAAGAUUCAACAUUGAUGGUGAUAGAACCAAGUUUCAAUCUGCUUGGUUGCUUAUAGAUUCGUAUUCCAAAAAUCCAAUCGUCGAGAAAGGAGAAGCAAGUCGAGUUCUUUAUUUAGAAGAGCCUUUGUUCAAUACAUUCAUCGAAGCUGAUCUUUUCGUCGAUCGUUUUGAAAUUAUUAGAAGACCGAUCAAUCCAAGAGAAUCAAUGGAAAAGACUGGAAUAUCGGAAGAGUUUGAUCGGCUCUCUCAAGAAGCACUUCCCGCUGAACAGUAUCUGUCGAAACGCGAAGGUCGACGACCAGUUAAUGCUGAAAAGAAUAGAUACAAAAAUAUAGUUCCAUUUGAUCACACUCGGGUAAUCCUCACUGAUCGUCCAAAUACACCUGGAAGUGACUACAUCAAUGCAAGUUAUGUGAGAUUUGAGAACAGUCAGCGAACGAAGAAUGUGACAUUUGCAUGCGAGAAAUCUUUCAUUGCCACUCAAGGAUGCCUGGAAACAACUAUCUCUGAUUUCUGGAGUAUGGUUUGGCAAGAGAAUUCUCGUGUUAUUGUCAUGCCAACGAUGGAAAAUGAACGAAAAGAGAAAUGUGCGAGAUAUUGGCCAGCAGAAGUGAAUAAGCCAGAAGUGCACGGUGAUAUUUCUUUGACUUGCACUAUCGAGCGGAAAGUUCAGCGAGCUGUGUCUGAUGAAGUGAAAGCUGAAUUGGAACAAGAAAAAACGAAUCGAAUUGCGAAGGGUUUAGUCCCAGAAGCUGAGCUUAAUGGUGAUGGUAUCAGCUACAUUCUUCGCACUUUGGUCAUGAAGAAAGGAAAAGAUACGAGGGAAAUUCGUCAAUUACAAUAUUUGACUUGGCCAGAUCAUGGAUGUCCACUACAUCCUUACGCAGUACUCAAUUUCCUCGAAGAUGUCGAUCGUGAAUAUGAUUAUUUCAAUGCUCAACCAAUUGCUGCAUCAUUGCCUCAAGGGCCGAUCGUUGUUCAUUGUAGUGCUGGAAUUGGUAGAACAGGUACCGUACUUGUAUUGGACGCACUUCUGAACCAAGUGAAGAAAGUCGGAUUAUUGUGUCCGAUGGAUGUAUACAAGAUGGUUAAGUACGUCAGAACAUAUCGAUCUGGACUCGUUCAAACAGAGCAACAAUAUCAAUUCCUUUACAAAGCACUCGCAUUUUACUUGAAGAAUAAUAACCCCUACCCUGUGAAAUCGUUCAUUGAUGGAGACACGGAUGCCUUCGAUUUUCCACGACGUCUUCGUCCGACGCCAAAUGCUUCACGUCCAUCGUCAGCUAGACAAGUAACAUCUUCUCGGCCUUCUUCCUCUGCGUCAUCCCGUACUUCUCAUUCUCGCCCCCGAACUGGGCCACAAGCGGAGCCAAUUUUCGAGCGCAGCACUUCUUCCACGUCAUCAUCGUCAACUCUCCUGAAAUCAACUAAAAAAUAAAUCGCGAAUCAAGAAAUUUCUAGCAUUAAUUCACCACUUUAAAUUCUAUUUCUAUUUUCUCUUUUAUCCGUUUCAUAGUUGUUAUUCUUUCCUUUUCCAUCUACUGUCAUUCUGUUUUUUUUCUUUCAAUUUUCGACAUACUCAGUUUUGUGUUUCAAUUAUUAUUUUCUUCUUCUUUUCCCUUAAUUGUUUAAUUUUCCAAUUCAUAUUGCUUCCCAUUUUCUCAGGUAGAAACGAUUUGUGAAAAUUAUACAUUUACCAUUCAUUUGUUGUUAUUUGUAGUUUUUUUUGUGACCCAUCUCUUAGAUCCUCCGGUAUUAGACUUUUUCGUAUUGCCAGCCAGACCACCAGGAUGAUUUUCCAUUGUACCCCGUUUGACUCAAAUUUAUUUUUUCUUGUUCCGUCGUAAUUAUUCGCAAAUUCUCUGCAACACCAUACCAUUCAUUGUUGAGCACUAUGUACUAUUUCCCACCAAUUCUUUAUAUAAUCAAGAACAAAUCGCGACGCUGUCUUAUGCACAUGAUUCCCCCGAAUCCCAUAUCCUUCCAGAAUGAUAGUAGAUCAAAUUCAAUUUGUCAUUUGAGAUUUAUAGGUUGAUUGAGAUUUUUCUAAGAAACAUUCUGGUUUGUCUAAUAAACAUUUUAUAUUG